AUGAUAUCCCCGACUAGAGGCCUCAUCGCGAGGUCCGUUCGCUCUCAAUGGCGCCUUGCGAGCUCUUCCUCGCGAGCUCCCCGCCCCUCAAAGACAUCACACAAACCUCCGCCCAAGACUACGAGACCCUACAAGCCUAAACCCCAAGCUUCCUCACAACCGCCGCCUCCUCCCCCUCCCCCUCCGAAAGCCGAAACCCUCCUCGAUCUCUGGCGCUCGACCUGGCUCCCUCUCACCGGCGCAGCCCUCGCUGCUGGCGCCCUCGGCUUCUACAUAUUCGGCACCGUCGCCGCGUCCUUCAAGGCCUGCCCCUGCAGCGGGCCAUGCGAGCACUCCACCCCGACCGGCCGGCCGCCGGCGCUCGACGGCGACAACGCCGAGCAGUUUGACAAGGAACUCAACCUGCCCGAGUGGUGGAUGGGCAUCACCGGUCUGCGGAAGCGUCUCGCCGCGCGUGCGACGGGACAUGUCUUGGAGCUGGCUAUGGGCACGGGACGGAACCUCGAAUACUACAACUGGGAGCCGCUGAACGAGCGUGUGUCGGAGGCAAAGGGGGAAAAGCAAGGCAAGGCUGGCGCUGAUGCGCCUCACGGGAUAACAUCAUUUACCGGCCUCGAUAUCUCGGUCGACAUGCUCGACGUCGCCCGGAAACGCCUCGUCAAGACCGUCCCGCCCAUGAAAUCAUCCGCCCCGAUCGUCCGCGCAUCCACCAUGGCCGACCAUACCGGUGGUCAGCUCUCCUAUCUCGACGACCAGCUCCGCCUGAUCCAUUCCGACGCACACCAUCCUCUCCCCGGACCCUCAACAACAUCGACGAAAUACGAUACUGUUAUUCAGACGUUUGGUCUGUGCUCCGUGUCAGACCCUGUCGCCGUUUUGACCAACUUGGCGUCAGCUGUCAAGCCAGGGUCAGGGCGCAUUAUCCUCCUGGAGCAUGGAAAGGGCUGGUAUGGCAUCGUCAACGGACUACUGGAUAAGAAUGCAGGCAAGCAUUUCGAAAAGUACGGCUGUUGGUGGAAUCGAGACAUACAGGGUAUCGUUGAGGAGGCUGCCCUCAAGACGCCCGGCCUCGAAGUGGUCAAGGUGGAGCGGCCCAACAUCCUUCAAAUGGGCACCCUGGUCUGGGUCGAGCUCCGAGUGAGCGAAAAGGACCGAUCAUGA